GACACACUUUAAAUCCCACGGGAGCGUGCGCGUGCGAGCGAGGAGCCAGGCGAUUUCAACUAUCCGCCUGUAGUGAAGGGUCAAGAUACAGCAAUUUUCGGAGUCUCGACCGUAGUAGUCGUUGUCAAUAAAAAAAAGCCAGAAGCUAUAAUUUGAUUUGGAAUCCUUUUUCCCCAUCAUAUCAUCGCCGACCAACGCGACAACCAUUCUUCAAGAUGCCUGGCGCAAGCGUGGCCGUUUUACCCACGUCCGCCUCAUCGACUCCGGUCCCCCGAAAAACCUCACUCGCGCAACCGGAACGCAAGUACAAGUGCCAGUUCUGCAAUCGGGCAUUUAGUAGGAGUGAACAUCGAAGCAGACAUGAAAGGUCGCACACAAAGGAGAGGCCUUUCAAGUGUAUGAAGUGUAGGAGUACUUUUGUGCGACGCGACCUUCUUCUCCGACACGAUCGAACCGUUCAUGCUAAGGAUGGUGGAGUUCCUCUUCACAGCGAUGGGAAACGUCGUGCUGGCGCCAAUGGCGUGUCCAAGUCACGAGCCGUCAACGGUCCGAAUAAGUCUUCCAUUGCUAUCGACACCUCGACUCUUAGUGAACAAAUUGAGGCUAGUAGUGAAGGAGCUUUUGAUGUCGAACAUGCUGCUAUGCUAGUCGCCGAUCUUCACCACAAGGCGAUGAUGCGCGAGAGUGGCAGCCCUUAUGAAUCUGGUCCUUCGAUGUCAUACCCUGCUAACAAUCCACCGAUCAUGGACCCUACUGUGACAUACCCUCCUGCUUCGACUCUGCCUCAGAACGUGACUUGGGAUUCCUUCGCUCCGGCGACAAUGGAUGCUAAGGCGCAUGCUGCUGCUUCGAAUGCAUCGGGUUCGUUCGAGUCUCAACAAUCCUUCGCUAAUGUGAGUGCCAUUCAGGCUCAACCCAACUUCCCUCAGUCACCAUCCGGUCUAAACAGCAACGGCUUUAUGCCCGCGUCUCAAUACGUGAUAACUCCGCUACCCCCUUCCAGUACCAGCCGAGCGGCCUCAAGCGUACCACAGACAAACCAACUUACAAGCACAUACACUAACCCACCUCAGGCGUCGGCGGGUUUCAAUGUUCCUCACGUCAACAAUGAUGAAGAGCGCAAUAUAAUUCUAGAUAAUAUUCGAGCGCACGAUAGCGAACACGCGAUACCGGACGGUUUCCGUGUCCCUAACCUACCCUCCUUGAACCGUUAUCUUUCGACGUAUUUUACGCUCUUUCAUCACCACUUGCCGUUCUUGCAUCCUGCUUCGUUCAACGUCACCCAAGUCUCUCCAGCCUUGUUACUUGCUGUCUUGUCGAUUGGCGCUCUCUACGCUUUUGACCAGGACCAAGCCUACAUGCUGCACAUUGGUUCCAAGGUUCUGGUCAACCAAUUCCUUCAGAACAAGGAGAACUUUAGCUCUCGUAAAUGCCCUCUGUGGACCAUGCAGAGCUCGCUUCUGAACAUGAUUUUCGCCAGUUGGAGUGGUGAUGCGAAGGGAUUGGAGUGGGCCUGCUCUAUCAAGAGUUUGCUUGCCAACAUGGUCGCUGGUAACCGAUACGAGCUGAAGCUUCGACAAGACAGCCGCGAAGGCGCGCAACCCAGGCGCGAUGAGUGGAUUGAGGAUGAAGGAUGCCGCCGCACAUACUACGCCGUAUACAUCUUCUUCGGCUUGCUCACGAUGACUUACAAUCAUACACCCGCCAUUAGCUUUAACGAGUUUGAGGACCUUCAGCUGCCUUCCCAAGAGGCACUUUGGAACUCCAAGGUCACAGAUGAAGCCGUUUGGCAAGAGCAAUUGAAGGCAUCUCCCGCAAUCACGUUCAUGGUUGCUCACGACAAUCUCUUCCAAGGUGAAACACUCAAGUACAGUGCUUUCGCGACACGUGUUAUGAUCAAUGCAUUGUUUUUGGAAGUUUGGUAUCACAAGCGUAGCCCCGAGGCUUUGCAAGAUGUGGUAACUGAGUACAAGCUUCGAUUGGCUCUAGAGACAUGGGAGAAAUCUUUGGAUCUCUGCGAGCCCGAGGCUGAUACAGUACCCCUCAGCGCACCUCACAAGGGUCACCCUCUGAUCUUCAACGCCAAGGCAAUGUUCCGUAAUGCGCGAGCCCGCCUCGAAGUCGAUCUCAAGACUGUCCAAGAAGCCCUUCGGUAUCAUGAUCAUUACGAAGUCGCUGCCGCUAUGUCUAACGCACGCGAUAGGGUUAAGCGCUCUAGUGAAAUGAUUAAGGUAAUUGAAGAGUGCUACAACUGCAUCGAAACUGCUGUUCGUCAAGGUGUACGCUGGGUUGCCCGAACCUCGCCGACUAACUGGAGCAUCGAACAUCCCCUCUGUGGUAUGGAUCUCAUGAUCACCCUCACUCUAUGGCUAUAUCGUCUGGAACAUGACGAAGAAGCUGCCUCGGAGGAGGAAAUGGCCAUGUAUCUAAAGGUGCGCCUGCUUUUCGACAAGGAUGCGGAGGGUACCACGAACACGCAGCAACUAAGCUCGAUGGUGGCUCAUCUCUGGGGAUCUAUGCUUGAUGAAGUCGUCGUUUGGGGCAUCACCAGACUUAUGGGCGAAGCUUUCAGACUUCACUCUCAAGCCCUAGUUGGCUACGUUGACGAUGUUGAGGCGUCAUCCAACGUCUCGACGCCCUCUAUGAUUUCACAAGGGGGUGACGAGGAGAGUGUGUAUUAAAUACCGUUUACGAGAUCCACGAUUUUCUUUGUCUUUCCUGAACUAAUGGGGGCCGGGAUGGGAGAGUUCGCGGCAUAUACCUCCUACGUUCGUGCUUUUUAUAUUUCCUCGAUUUUUCCUCGUCAU